GAAGCGCUUCAUUGACAACAAAGAGGCAAAAAUCAUCAGGUGCCUUGAAUUUUCAACGGUUAAGGUGAUGGGCGACCGCCCCCUUCACUGUUCAAUAAAGAACCCAUUUGUUCUGACGGUAGAGGAUCAGAAGAGUGUGUUCCACUCAGGAUGUAAAGUGAUAGAGAUCACAUUCCCGAAUGUUUCAGUGCCAGAGAAGCAGACUGUACCCAUAUCCCUCUGUGAAAGGGUGGGAGAGAUAUGCUUUAAGAAUUACUACACAGCAUAUAUUUCAAUACGAGUAAAGUUCAAGGCAGCACCAGACAAUGGAACAGACUCAGCAGGUGACAUAAAAUGGAGGACCUGUGUGCGUAAAAUGAGACUUAUGCCUAACCCACAUAAAGAAAGUGGUUCCCAGGAUUACUUUUCUAUUUCAAAGAAACAAUUUUCCUUUGACAUCUGCAACAUAUCAGCCAUGCGUAUAAUUCUACAGCAGCCUUCUCCUGUGUGGAAGGAGUUCCGUAUAGAAGAUCUCAGACUCUACAGGUCAUCAGAGAUGAUGAGCAAACCCCCACCCCUGCCUGCAUGGUUGACGGAGAGCUCUGCCAACAGCACCAAGCACAAGUUAGAGUUACAAACAAAAGCCAAGGAAAAAAUUUAUUUUGAUGAUUCUGAUAGCCAGGAUAUAGAAGAUGUGGGUAUACCUAACUUGGAGUCAAUAUCCUCAGGUCUACAAGAGUUGUGGGGUUUAUCAGAAGAAAUGGCUGUAAAUCAAACAAGGACAGACAUAGGCAGAUACGAGGUUGAUGGAUGCUAUGAAAUCAAUUUACUAGCAUAUACCUGAAUCAACUUUACUGGCUAUAUGAGAACAGUUACUUAUUUGAGGAAACCAUGUUUUCCUUGCUCUCCGUAUAAACCAGAACAGCUCACUUAUGAAUAAAUCUCAACUUAUUUUUCUGAUGUGCUUUUUAACUUCAUUGCAGUGCAGCAGAAUUUAUAUCCUUAUUGUAAACCAUUGUUACAACUUAAUCGUCAUUGAUAUACAUGUGUUUAUUAAACGUUUAAUUUUCAA